UGCGCUGUGGCUCACGCGGGGCGCGUCUUAUUCUGCCUGCGACUGUCCAGGAGAUCCGGGGGCUGCUUGAGGGUCGCGGCCAGGAUGGCUCUGCGCUCUGCGCCCCUCUGGCUCCUGGUGCUGCUGGCGGUCGCCCUACGGCAGAGUUGCGUUGGCGCCUCCUCCCACUCCCUGAAGUAUUUCUACACCAGCAUCUCAGACCCCAGUCAGGGGCUGCCCCAGUUUGUCACUGUGGGGUACGUGGACGGUCAGGUCUUUGUUCAGUACGACAGCCACAGCCGCAGGAUGCAGCCUCGAGUCUCCUGGAUUGAGAAGUAUGUGGGGAAGGAGGAUCCCCAGUACUGGGACAGAGAGACCCAGAUAUCACAUGGCCACGAGGAGACGUUCAGAAGAAACCUGGAGACUGCGAGGGUUCGCUACAAUCAGAGUGAAGGCCUUCACACAUUGCAGUGGAUGUAUGACUGUGAGCUCCAGAGAGACGGGAGCAGAGAAGGGUUUAUGCAGUAUGGCUAUGAAGGGAGGACCUUCCUCACCUUCGACAAGGAGACCCUCACUUGGGUGGCUCCCGUCCCCCAGGCCCAGAUCACCCAGAGGAAAUGGGAUGCUAUUCCAGGAUUGAAUCAGAGAAACAAAGCCUACCUGGAGGAAACCUGCAUUGAGUGGCUGCAGAAGUACCUGUCCUAUGGGAAUGAGACGCUGCUGAGGACAGAGCCCCCAGGGGUGACGCUGGUGAGAGGCAAGACAGAGGUGGAGGAUGGGAUGGAGACGCACGUCUGCCGCCUGGAUGGCUUCUACCCCAGGGAGAUCGAUGCCUUCUGGACGAGGGAUGGGGUGGUCUGGCAGGAGGACACCCUCCAUACGUCUGUGGCCCCCAACGCAGAUGGGACCUACCACUACUGGCUCAGCAUCUGGAUCGACCCCAAAGAGAGGGGCCGCUAUCGGUGCCACGUGGAGCACGACAGCCUGCCGGAGCCUCUGGACCUGGCCCUGGAAGAACCAACCAAUUCAAAAUCCAACCUGGGGCUCAUCAUCGGCUGCGUUGUGGUUGCUCUUGUCCUGGUGGGUGUGAUUGCUGGGAUCCUGGUAUUCUUCAGUAAGUGUCUUUUUUUGAGGGAGGGUGAUGGAAGGACCCCCUUUGGGGAGCUUCUUCUGGGCUUCCUUCUGUCCU